AUGGGCACGGUGUCUUCAGCUUAUCGUCAAACCACAUCUGCUGCAGAAGCUUCAUCUGAAGAAGAAUCAUUAGCACAGAAUACAGAAAUGCCAUCUUCAGAAAUAGAUUCAAAACCCUCUCAAGAUACAAAUGUAGCGACUGAUUCCUUGAACAUGAAGUCAUUGGAACCAGUUUCAUCAGUAGCUAAUAUUCGGAGAGUGCCUGCUUCAGGCAGAGUAUGGAAAAGUAUUCAAACUAAAGCUCAUUUUCAGAAACGAUCAAACGGAGAAAAGAUGGGAUGGGAAAAAAGGCAAAAGGAUAGGAAGCAAUUAGAUAUUCUCAAAACAAUGAAGGCAGAGAUGGAACAACGACAUAAGGAGGAAAAAGACCUCAAGAAAAAAAAUGCCGAGGAACGCCGAAAACGUAAAGAGGAAAACGAAAAAAAGGCUGAUGUGGUCCAGCAGAUUUCUGCUGCAAAAGUCAGACGACUAAAAAAGAAGCAGCUACGCAGCCAGAAUAUUCGCAAGAAAUAA